GCAAAGCGCACGGAGGGAGACGGAGGCGUACAGAGAGCUCCGCGUCUGCCCUGCUGUCUAUGAUCGCGCUUCGAUAGCGUUUCUCCUCCGCGUUGGUUCUCUUGCGCCGUGGACGUUAGCGUGACUAUGGGAUUUGCGGGCGUCCCCCCCGAAGCCACCGCAGUGUAUCGGAUGUGCCCGAUCGCCCGCCCGUUCAUCUCGAUGUUCAAGCUGGCGCGUCUCUACUCGUCGGGCUCCGUGUGAACGCAUCCAGACCCAGGAUCUCAAGGGCGACUGACUGCUUCCACUACGCAGACUAGGCUGCGAUCUAUUACUGCUAUUCCUCUCAUAGGAUCUGGACUGCUAGUGAGCCCGGGGGCAGUCAACCUGGAUGGUUUGUUUGCGGAUAAACACCUUACACGUCCACUGCGAAGAGGGAAUCCGGCCGUGCGGUGCGGGCUUCGCCUCAGUAAGCACCUUCCUGUAGACUUGCUGCAUUCAGUUGGAUGUCACCCAUCUACACGUUUACCGCAGCUUAUUCUUUCCGCUUAGGACCUGCCGUGCCUUGAUACGUUUCGCUCCAGCGAACCCUCUUUGGAUUUAUAUAAUAAAGUGAUUUUCGUUUCUUUAUUAUCUGGACUCCGGCGCUUCAGGAUUAUUCACCAUCAACGAAUAGAAAGGAAACCACCAGGAAGCGAGAAGGGAACUAUGUGUGUCUAGAAUUGGCAGGAAUGCCCCAGACUCUGUGCUCCAGCAGUAUGUUCACUCCUAGUGGAUUCAGCCCUCACCUGGUCCCCGGCGAGGAGCCCCCCCAAGACGGCCCCGGACCAGGCCCCGGAAUCCCAGAGGGGCCGCAGCUCACCUCCGCCUCCCUAGACACCCUAAUUCAACACCUGGUGCCCACUGCCGACUAUUACCCAGAGAAGGCGUACGUGUUUACCUUCCUUCUGAGCUCACGCCUCUUCAUCCCUCCCCAUGACCUGCUGUCGCGUGUCUGUCAGCUCUGCAUCAAACAGCAGCAAUUGGAUCAGAUUCCUCUGGACAUGGUCAAGGUACGCAAGUUUGGACCCAAGAUUCUGCAGCUCCUGACGGAGUGGACAGAGACCUUCCCCUCUGACUUUCAGGAAGAGGAGAUGGUGGCUCACCUGAAAGACAUCAUCCACAGGAUAGCGCCAUGUGAUGAGGCCUACUGGAAGACCAUGAACCAGAUCCUUCAAAACGUGAACCAGAAGCUGGCGACCAUGAACCAAGGGGACGAGAGCAUCGUCAAAGUCAACGCCUCUGUCUCCGAUAAGCUGGUGGCCUUCAAGACGAAGCCCCCACCGAUCCAGAAGGACAUCCUCAGCAUCUGCAACGACCCCUAUGCCCUGGCCCAGCAGCUCACACACGUGGAACUGGAGCGCCUGAGUCACAUCGGACCGGAGGAGUUUGUCCAGGCCUUCGCACAGAAAGACCCGCUGGACACCUCCCAGCCCUGCUUCAGCGAACAGAAGAAGAAGACCAGUAACCUGGAAGCCUAUGUGAAGUGGUUCAACAGACUCUGCUACCUGGUCGCCACGGAGAUCUGCAUGCCGGCGAAGAAGAAGCAGCGAGCGCUGGUGAUCGAGUUCUUCAUCGACGUGGCCCGGGAGUGUUUCAACAUUGGCAACUUCAACUCCCUCAUGGCCAUCAUCUCCGGCAUGAACAUGAGCCCCGUGUCUCGGCUGAAGAAGACCUGGGGAAAGGUCAAGACUGCCAAGUUCUUCAUCCUGGAGCACCAAAUGGACCCGACCGGAAACUUCUACAACUACAGAACGGCUUUGAAGGGUGCAGCGCACCGGUCACAGACAGCCCACAGCAACAGGGAGAAGAUAGUCAUUCCAUUCUUCAGCCUGCUCAUCAAAGACAUCUACUUCCUCAAUGAAGGGUGUGCCAACCGCCUGCCCAACGGGCAUGUCAACUUCGAGAAAUUCGUGGAGCUGGCGAGACAGGUGGGGGAAUUCAUGACCUGGAAGCAGGUGGAGUGCCCAUUCGAGCAGGAUCGGCACAUUCUGCACUACCUACACACCGCGCCCAUCUUCAAUGAGGAUGGGCUGUACCUGGCAUCCUAUGAGAGCGAGAGCCCAGAAAACCAGGUAGAGAAGGACAGGUGGAAAUCUCUCAGAUCCACCAUCCUGGGGAAGACUUGAGAAGAGGCGGACAGGUCCGCAGAAGAAGGGAACAUGUUCAUUGCACUAAAAAGAGACUCUGAAGGAACCAAGCUGGAACUUAAGGUGUUUUUAUUACUACCGAAGAAAUCAAGAAUGAUGACAGGACUCAUCAGGAAAAAAAGAAAAUCAAGAAACAUAAACAUUGUACAGAAUUGCGAACACAGAGAGGACUUAAGCAAACUGCCCUUGCAAAGUAUUAGAAUAUAUUUUUUCUUUAUUUUGCCCUAAGCAUCAGGAGCCAACUUGUGUAUAUAUUUAUACAUUCAGAGUGAGGGUGUGUGAGAUAAACGUCUAAAGGAAUGAGUGCGUAUCGAUAUCUGUGCGAGUGACCGAUCUGUACAUCGUUUUUUUCGGCAGUUUUUCUUUAACAAGGUUCGGAUAUGAAGUACAACCAGAAGGAUGUACAGCCCUUCUGUUUUAUAUAAAUUAUUGAUAUUUUUCUCUGCCCAA